AUCAAUGAAAUUACCAUUAUCUGGAUCAUUAGUUACAAUCACUUCUAAUAAGUUAGAUUUUAGAAAAAAAGAAAAAUCUCGUCAAGUAAACACAAUGUUAGCAAUAAAGUUUUUUAUUUAUAAUCCAGAAUGUUCUAUUCCAAUUACUUAUCGUUUACAAUGGUCAUUAUUUAAAAAUAUGGAUUGGAAUAAAUUAAUAAAAAAAUUACAUGAAAUAACACAUAAACAAUAUUCUGGUUUUACAUUAACAUGGAAUGAUGGAUUUCAUAAUUGUAUUAUAACAGAUGUAAAAGAUAUUCUAAGGGCUUUAGAAUAUAUGCAAACUAAACAAUUACAUCAUGAUGAUUGUUUACAUAUAAAAGUGAAUAGUUUACCAAAAUCACUUCCAAAUGAAAAUGUAUUUACUACUAGUAAUUCAUCUAAAGUAUUGAAUCAAGUUUAUCCACCUACAUAUACUGAAGCAAUUGGUUCACAAACGAAUUCAUUACCGAAAACAAAUCGAACAGAGAAUAAAAUUAUUAUUAUACGUUCUAAUCAACCGGCUAGAAAUCAAUAGAAUACAAUUAAUUCAUAUUCUUGUACUUUUAUCAAGUUAAGGACGUGAGAUCUCCACAACUCACUUGAAAAUGGGAUCUAAUUUUGUAAUUUCAUGUUGAAAAUUUGAAUUUCUUAGUUUUUGCGCUAAUAGUACUCUUUUCACCUUUGUGUCGUAUUUCCCACUUGAGAGAAUCUUAAAUGCUAUUGGGCCGUUGUGUCCUUGAGUAUGUUAUUUUGUGACGCUUCCCAAGGACGGUUUUGUGCUGUAUAUAUAUAUACGUUUUGAUUUAUGUCUGUUGUUAUCGCUCAUGUUUUUGGCUUUUUGUGAAAUAUACUUCCUCGUUCGAA